AUGGCUUCCGCGCUGAGCCUCUUCGUGGUGAGCGCCGAGACGCGGGACACGCCCUUGGACCCCACGUCCGCCGGCAAGAACCACGACGAGUACCGGUGCUACAUCGACGCCGUCAAGUCGUAUGGAAAGAAGGACGGGAAGGAGAGCGACGACGAGGACGACGAGGACUCGCUGUGCGAGCGGACGGCCAAGCAGUGCGUCGUCCUCAUCUUCGGCAGGACGGCCGCCGGGGAGAGCAUCUGCAUCCGGACCAGGUUCGAGCCGAGCAUCUACCUGCUCCCUCCCGACGACAUGGUGGCGUACGGUCACGAGGUGGCGGAGCGCAUCUACCUGUCCGUGUACCGCAGGGCAUACGGGUGCAUGGUGUCGGUCGAGAAGGUCAGGCGGAAGAAGUUCAACGGUUUCCAUGGGGAUCGCGUGUUCGACUUCCUCCGUAUCCGUACCACGUCCGAGAAAGCAGCGAGGCAGUGCGGAUACGCGGUGCGGAAGAAAGGGUUGAACGUGUGGCUCAUUGACAGGGAACCCAAACGCUACGAACUGUACCAGGGGAACGUGAGCGCGAUGAUGGAGUUCUUGCACGAGUACUCCCUGCGCUCGGUCGGCUGGCACACCCUGGACCUGGCGGCGCCCGGCGUGGCGUUGGUGACGACCUCCGACAGGAUGAGCACGUGCGACCUGGAGUACACGUUCGAUGCGGCCGCUCUGGCGGUCGACGACGAUACGAGCGGCGAGCCGGACCUGGUGGAGUGCUCGUACGACAUAGAGGCGUGGGACGAGAACCGCGAUUUUCCGAUGGGCUCCAAGCCGUCCUCCAAGUGCAUCACCAUCGGCACCUCGUUCAAGCGGCGCGGCGAGGUCUACCUGAAGCACGCCGUCACCCUAAAGGACUCGCUGCCUCUGGAGGGCGCGGUCGUGGAGAGCUACGGCGACGAGAAGGAGGUGAUAGCGGCGUGGCUGAGGCUGCUGGCGAAGGAGCAGCCCGACGUGAUCUACGGCUACAACACGGAUCAGUUCGACUGGCGCUACCUCUUCGAGCUGGCCCAGCGUCUCGGCGUACCCUUCUCCGUGGGCCGGCUCGCGGGCGUCGUCAGCGAGUACCAGGAGAAGAUCAUGGAGUCGUCGGCCUUUGGCUUCAACCAGUUCUUCCUGGUCACCACCCCGGGCAUCCUCAACAUCGACGUCAUGCAGGCCAUCAAGCGCGCGCACAAGCUCGAGAGCUACAGUCUGGAGAACGUUUCGACGCUGUACUUGGGAGAGCACAAGGACGACAUGAAGUACAACCACAUGUUCGACCUCUUCGAGGAGGGCACGCCGGAAGGGAUCCGCGAGAUCGCCAAGUACUGCGUGCAGGACACGAUGCUGCCCAUCAAGCUGGCCGACAAGCUCAACAUCCUGAUCGACCACGUCGAGAUGGCGCGCGCCACGUACGUGCCGGUGGACUACCUGCUCAAGAGAGGCCAGCAGAUCAAGAUCUUCUCGUGCAUCCUGCGCCGCAUCCUGGGGAAGUAUCUGAUCAGGACGUACGAUGCCGACGAGGCGCCUCCGGAGGAGACGUACCAGGGAGCGACGGUCCUGGACGCGAAGGCGGGGGUGUACAUGGAUCCGGUGGUGGUGUGCGAUUUCGCAUCUCUCUACCCGAGCAUCAUGCAGGCGCACAACCUGUGCCUGACGACGUGGGUCACCGACUCCCGGUUCGCGGAUCUACCGGGCUACGAGUAUGCGAACUUCGAGAGGGUGGACGAGGACGGCAAGGUGACGAAGACGACGUUCGUGAAGAACCGGAGGGGCGUCAUCCCGGCCCUGCUCGAGGAGCUGGGCGAGCUGAGAAAGCUCGCGAAACAGAAGAUGAAGCAGGCGACGGAGCCGUUCCAGAAGAAGAGGUGGAAUUCCAUGCAGCUGGCCAUGAAAAUUGACGUGAUAGCCUUCGCCCCAGAUGGUCUUGUGAAAAUGGAUGUUCUUGGGGAGCUCGCCGUCUUCUGGACGCUUCCUCUCCCCUUUGUUCUUCCACGGCGAUUUGGGAAGAGCCUUCAGACGAAACGUCUCUUCGGUCUUCUCCCCGCCAAACCCAUCGCCGCGACGGUGACGAUGAUCGGCCGGAACAUGAUCGCCGCCACGAAGCAGUACGUGGAGGCGGAGUUCCCCGGCGCGGAGGUGAUCUACGGCGACAGCGUGACCGGGCCGACGCCGACGAUCGUGCGCGUUGCUGGGCGCGUCCACGUCGAGACUUUCGAGCGGCUCGCCGACCGCUGGGGUGGGGGGAAGUGGCUGGCUUGCCUGGACGACGGGCGCGAGGACAAACAGAGUUGCGAGCUCCCCGGAGUGGACGUGUGGACGGAGGCGGGUUGGACGCCUGCUCGCCGCGUCAUCCGGCACCUCCUCGCCCCCGAGAAGCGCAUCCUGCGGGUACUCACACACAACGGCAUGGUCGACGCGACGGACGACCACAGCCUGCUCGAUGCCCACGGCCAGGCCGUGUCUGCACGGGACGUGACCGGAGGGUUCGAAUUGCUCCACGCUCGAUACCCCGUUCUCGUCGAUGCCGAACGGAGCCUCUCCCGCUCCGAGGCGCGCGUGAUGGGCAUGUUCUGUGGCGAUGGGUCGUGCGUCUUCAGCGGAAAGAAGACUAGCUGGGCCAUCAAACACGCGGGCAUCCCCAAGAUCGAGUACUACCGCGAUCUGUGUGAGUGCGUGUACCCGGAGUGCGAGUGGGUCAUCGUGAACAUCACCGGCAGCUCCGGAACAUACAAGCUGGUUCCUCGCGGCUCGUACGGCUCGAUCGUGCGCCUUGUGCGGAAGUUUCGCGCCGUGGCGUACGCGGAUACGGCCAAGGUGGUGCCCGCCGCCAUAUUGAACGCAUCUAUCAAGGUGCGGCGGGCGUUCUGGCACGGUCUGAGUGACGCCGUCGGGAUCGAGGAUGCUGACGGGUACGUCUGCAUCGAGCAGAAGGAUCAGGUCUCGGUCGCGUCCUACGCCCUGCUGGCAUCGAGCCUAGGGUACAGUACGAGUUUCGACACCCGCGCGGACGAGCCCGACGUGUUCCGGCUGACACUGACCAAGAGGGCCCAGCGCGGGAACGCGAAAGCGGUGAAGCGCGUCGUUGAGGUCGAGUACGACGGCUGGGUGUACGACAUGACCACGGAGAAUCACCACUUUGCCGCCGGAGCCGGCCGGCUGGUGGUUCACAACACGGACAGCGUGAUGGUGAAGAUCCCGCCGGGGUCGCUGCCGGCAGAGGCCGAAGACGCCGUGCGGAAGGUGGAGGCGGCGAUGGGCGUGGGGAGGACGAUGGGCACCGGGGCGACGGAUCGUCUGUUCGAGAGGCCCAUCUCUCUGAUGUACGAGAAGGUGUACUCGCCCUUCAUCCUCGUGUCCAAGAAGCGCUACGGGGGGCUCAAGUUCGAGAAAGAGGGUGAGGAGCCCGAGGUGGACACCAAGGGGCUGGACCUCGUGCGCCGCGACAGGAUCCCGCUCGCGCGAGAGCUGCAAGGGACGAUUCUGGACCUCAUCCUGUACGAGCGCGACGUGCACGCGGCCGUGACGGCAUGCCGCGAGACGGCCGAGAACCUGUUGGCGGGUAGGAUCGGCGCCGGGAAGCUGAUCCUCAGCAAGCAGCUGAAGAAGGAGUACAAGUCCGUCCAGCCCCACGUGAUAGUGGCCGAGAAGCUCAAGGGGCGUCGUCCGGGCUCGGAGCCUCGACCCGGGGACAGGGUCCCGUUCGUGUACCUGGACGUGGGAGACGCAAAGGCGAAGACGACGGACAUGGCGGAGGACCCUACCUACGCGGAGGAGAGAGGGCUGGUCCUGAACUACGAAUACUACCUGACGAACUGCCUGGUGAAGCCGCUGUCGACGAUAUUGGAUCUGUUCGUGACGCACGGCAAGGCCGCGGACAUCCUCUUCGGCGACAUCAUCAGGAAGCACAGGACGAAGAAGAAUGGCAACAAUAGCAUAGAAUCCUAUUUCCGUCCGCUGGCGUCGAACGCGGCGCCGAAGAGGAAGUGGAAGGACAUGUAG